GCAGGUUGCUGCUCUGCAUGCAGACAGAACAGAAAAAGCUUUUAAGUAAGAAAACCGAAAGUGAACAAGAAUAGCCAGCUGAAAAGAUCGGGAUUGUUUUUUAGGAAAGAAUGACGAACACGUAUACAGAUUUAGCCACAGCUGACCUAGAAGAUGAAGAGUUUGUGGAUAUUUUGGAGGAUAAGAGACGCUACAGUGAUCUUGGCUUUGCCCUCAGGACCUUUAGCCCCCAGCCAUACAAGGGGGCCCCACCUUUCACCACGGCUGAACUCAACCGAGCUGUGCUGGAGUCCCAGUAUAUGCACUACGUGGCCAAAGAGGUUGCCAUGGAGAGGGGCUCAUCUGUGGAGAAAGUGAGAGAAGAAGCCAGCGGGAUUUUGGAUGAAAUGUCUCAAAACCUGCAGCUGGGGUUUAUCAGGCUGAUGGGCUACAUAAUGAACAAAGUAUUCAAGAGGAUCUACAGUGGCAUCUUUGUCAACAUAGAAGGAAUCAACAUGCUGCAACAAGCUGCUCAGGAGAGUCCUGUGAUCUUGAUGCCCAAUCACAGGAGUUAUGUGGACUUCCUGGUUAUCUCCUACAUCCUGUUCAGCUACGACAUCCCAAUCCCUGUUAUUGCUGCUGGAAUUCCUCUUGCACAGGUGAAAAUUGUUGGAGAGAUACUUCGUCGCUCCGGGGCAUUCUUUAUCCGGCGUGCCAUCGGCUCCAACAAACUCUACUGGGCUGUGUUGUCGGAAUAUGUCCAAACCAUUGUUAGGAAUGGAUUUGCUCCUCUGGAGUUUUAUGUGGAAGGUUACAGAAGUCGCACACUUAAGGCUCUCACACCAAAGUUUGGUAUGAUGCACAUGGUGCUGGAGCCCUUCUUUAAAGGGGAGGUGUAUGACAUCACAUUGUUGCCCAUCAGUAUCAGCUAUGACCGAGUGUUGGAGGAGUCGUUGCUUGCACAUGAGUUACUGGGUGUCCCCAAACCCAAAGAAAGCAUCAUGGGUUUGCUGAAGGCUAGCAGAGUUCUGCAGGAGAAUUACGGCAGCAUGCAUGUGAACUUUGGCCAUCCCUUGUCUGUUCGGCAGCUCUGUGAGGGCAAGAUAAAUCGCUCCCAGUAUAACCUCAUACCGAGAGAUCUUCCUCAGAAGCCCACGGCAGAGGCCCAGGCCUGCGUGAGCUGGCUGGCUCAUCUGAUUGUACGAAUGCAAGAGGAGGGCUCUCGGAUCAGCCCCUGGUCUUUGAUGGCAUGCCUGUUGCUCCAGUUUCCAACCACAGUUUUAACAGAAGAGGGUCUGCUGUGGGAUCAGCUCACAGAGAAAACCCUCUGGCUCAGGAGGUUGAUGCUAGACUUUGGGGCUCGUCUGAACUGGCCUGAUCACAUCCCUGACUCAGAUGUGAUGUCAUCCACCGUGGUCCUUCAUCGCUCCAUCGUUCACCGUAAAGCGGGGCGUGUCUACCUGGUUCAGGAGGACGAGCCUGAGAGGAAACAUCCACUCAGCCCAGAGGAGGGUGUGAUGAGAACAGCAACUGCAGUUCUGAUACUGGUUUCCUAUAGGAAUCAGGCCCUGCAUGUCUUUGUGCGUCCAGCCUUGCUCGCUAUGGCAAUGCUUAUCACGAAAAGCUCACAAAAAGAUGAGCUCCUCUCCUUCUUCUGCUUCCUACAGGAUGUUUUCUCCAAUGAGUUCAUCUUCAUCCCUGGCAGGUCGUCUCAGGACUUUGAGGAAGCAUGCUGCCUUCUAAAGAAAUGUGGAGCGAUCUAUGUCACUCAGCAGGAGGUGACGGUUUCUGCUGCAGGACUGGAGGUGCUAUCCUUCCUGCAGGAGUUGCUAAAACCCUUCAUGGACUCUUAUCAGCUGAUGUUCAGAUAUCUCUGUGAGGAGGGAGAUCAUGUGUUUACAGACAAACAGUUCCUACUUGCUGUGCGAAACCUGGCUACAAAGCUAAUCCUCUCAGGUGAACUUCACACAUAUGAGGCCCUUUCAUCAGACACACAGAAAAAUGUUUUGUCUGCGCUGCGAAGACUGGAGGGUGUGACAAAGUUGAAUUCUGAAAAUAAUGAAUAUAAAGUGAACAAAGCGGCUGUCAGGAGAACUGGCGACAUGCUCUCUGGGAAAAUCCGUCCACAGAAUGUCCAGGCCGCACCAGAUGCCAGACUUUAGUCUCAGUUGGAGCAGAUCCAUCUUUGGUGUUACCUUGCGGUUGCAUUUUUCCCUCCCUCAUUUUCACCCUCCUGUUCUUUUAUGCUAGCAUUUAUGUGCCUACAUUCUGAGGUUGGUGAUCUGACUGUGCUCCACUCUUGAAUGUUGGCUACCUCUGUAUCCGUAAACCCAUCCCCCAGAUCAGAGAGCUGAGGUGGAAAACUGAAAAAGCCCUGACAUAGUGACUCAAAUGUGGCUUGUUUUGUUUUAUGAGUUUGAUUACAAAUGGUUUGGAAAUGAUUAUGUGAGAAUAAAAGAGAAUAAAUCUAAAGAUUAAUAAAUGAAACAGAUAUGGGAACAUAAAGAGGUAUAAAUAAAAAUUCUAGAUGUGGAUUUAAAAAGGGGAAAUUAAAAACACAUAUAAAUAACAUUUUAUUUUAACUUUUGUUUACUUCUUACUGUAUUUUGCUUUAAAUUAAUACAUUAAAAAAA